GACAUGGGUAGGCGUGAUGGGGACUCUUUUCAUUCGAACGUUUUCUUUAAAGAAAGUGAGAGAAAAGCUUGGGGCUGAAGGAAAAGAGAGUUGGGUUGGAUUUUUCGGGGGACAGGACAGAGUCAGAGACUCGUCAAAACGACGCAGUAAAAUGGCAGGGUGUCAACUGGUGGGAAAUUCAGUUUUUAAUGGGAUUGAGAGACGAAAUUGCACUUGUCAAUUGAGUAAAUUUUCCACGGUGCCACUGUGUUAUCGUCUGCCCAAAUUACCAUUGACAGAUAACUGGGCUUUCUUGACCAUUGAAGGUCCCCCUGAUGGGUAUAGGAAAAAUGUCGGAAUUUGCCUUGCAAAUCCUUCUAAAAAGAUAUUUAUGGCGUCGAGGAUAUAUAUUCCAAACGGCUGGCAAAUGCCUCAGGGUGGUGCUAAUAAUGGUGAAGAUCUAAGAAAAGCAGCCGUGAGGGAACUGAGAGAAGAAACUGGCGUUACAUCAGCUGAAUUUCUUGCAGAGGCACCUUAUUGGCUGACUUAUGAUUUCCCAAUCAAAGUGAAAAAUAAGGUUAAUCGUAGAUGGGGGACAAAUUAUAAAGGCCAAGCACAGAAAUGGUUUCUUUUCAAGUUCACCGGAAAUGAUGAAGAAAUCAAUCUUUUAGGCGAUGGUUCCGAGAAGCCAGAGUUUAAAGAGUGGUCAUGGAGGUUACCAGAGCAAGUUGUAGAGCUUGCCGUCAAUUUCAAGAAGCCAGUCUAUGAACAAGUUCUCAAGGUAUUCAGCCCCUACUUUUCAUUGGAUGCAGAUGAAGGGCAUUCAACCAAAAAUGAACCUAAUGGAGGAAAGGUACAUAAAGCAAACUAGAAAGAGUCAUCUUUUCUGCAGGCCCAAGCAUCAUGAUUUUGCAUUGUUGGGGGGCGUGGGUUGAGUAUGUCAAAAUAAUAUUGGAAAAUUUUGUGAUCAAGCUGAUGCAUAUGGAAUGAAACUUUUGCAUGAAUAGGUUCCAUGUUUUUUUUUUUUGACUGUUGAGGAUAUUCAAGAUUCAUGAACAUUGUCUUUUGCCGUUGCAUCGACUCUUGGAAAUACGAUUUGAGUUGGUACCUUACCCUUUCUUGUGAACAGUAUAUGAAAUAAUAAAAGUCAUUCAAGUGGCAUGCU